UCGUUCCAAGAAUAGCACCCCUAAACCGGAAUGUCAAAAUAUAAUGACGUUAUUCUUUCUGUGUAAAGAGGUGGAAAGAAAUUCAUAUUUAUUUGUUGUUUAAUAUAAUUUAUAAUGGCUGCUGAAAUCAAGCCCGCACCCAGGACUCCUAACGACAGAUUUUCUACAACGAAGAAACCGGCCCUAUUGAGUAAAUUGGAAGGAUGUACAGACGAUGUCAACGCAGCGGUUGUUAUUCCUGGCGAGGAUGGAGUAAUUAGCGUUUGCGACGAUAAGACAGUCCGAGUAUGGCUAAAAAGAGACUCGGGCCAGUACUGGCCCAGUAUCUGCCAGUAUAUGCCCUCCGGCUGUACGUCCAUGUUCUACACACCGGAGACCCGUCAGCUGUUCAUUGGCCAGGAGAACGGAACCGUCUCGGAGUUCACACUAGCUACAGAUUGUAAUAGAAUUAAUCCUACUCGCGAGUAUUUAGCGCACACGGCGCGCGUGACCGGCGUGCAGUUCUCGCUGGGCUGCGAGUGGGUGCUGUCAGUGAGCCGCGACAAGCUGUUCUCGUACCACUGCAGCGAGACCGGACGCAGGAUCGGCGGGUACUCGUUCGAGGCGUGGUGCACGGCGUUACAGUUCGACUCUCAGUCGAAGUACGCCUUCGUGGGCGACUACAGCGGGCAGAUAACGAUGUUGAAAUUGGACAACAAUGGCGCCACACUCGUUACCACGCUUAAAGGACACACCGGAUCAGUUCGUGUGUUGAACUGGGCGCCACAGCCGCAACUCCUUUUCAGCGGUUCGUUCGACCAGACCAUUAUCGUGUGGGACAUCGGCGGGCAGAAGGGCACAGCCUAUGAAUUACAGGGGCACAGCAACAAAGUGACUGGCCUCUGGUACGUCGGAAGUUGCACCCGGCUAGUCUCCGGCGGCGAGGACGGCGCGCUCGGCGUGUGGGAGAUGGGCGUGCGGCGCCGCGAGACGCCGGCGUGGCGGGAGGCCGACCUCUGCCAGCUGUGCCGGGCGCCUUUCAUAUGGAACGUGCGCGCCAUGAUGGAGAAAAAGCAACUAGGACUGAGACAGCACCACUGCCGCUGGUGCGGCGCAGCUGUAUGCGCGACGUGCUCCCCGCACCGCCUGCCCCUCCCCGUCAUGGGCUUCGAGUUCCCGCAGCGCGUGUGCACCGCCUGCUACGAGACAUUACGUCAUGAACCCCGCGAGUCCCUAGCGUCGUUCCACGACAUGAAACACGCCGUAGCAUCGCUGUUCGUGGACGAGGCGACAGGGCGCAUGGUGACGGCGGGCAAGGACCGCGUCAUCAAGGUGUGGGACAUCUCCGCACUACUCGCACCCGCGCCGCGCGCCGGCCCCAGCGACCAGUAGCCGUGAGUCGCAACUCUCAACUCUAACCGUAUACACAGAAACUCGAAAUUCGUUCAUACCCAUUUCUAUCGCUCGAUUGCAAGAGCGAUAGAGAUGGAGAUAGGUAAACUUAGCACUUCGAUCGCGGUAACGCUCUUGAAGUG